AUGGAAAUAGAAAAGACCAAAGACGGAGUAGUCGUAUUAAAUUAUGCAGAUCUUGUUGAUAAAAAGGAUCUAGGUAAAAGCAUUGAAGAGGCAUACGGAUUCAAUGGUAUUGGAUUGUUGGUAGUAAAAGGAAUUCCAAAGGUUGAACAACUUCGUGAUAGUCUUCUUCAACUUGCACCACAAUACUCUGCUCUACCCGAUGAUGUUAAAAAUAAAACCGUUCACAAAUCAUCAAAUUACUCCUUCGGUUGGAGUCACGGCAAAGAAAUAUUAAGACCCGGUGUUUUCGAUGAAUACAAAGGAUCAUAUUAUAAUAAUCCACAAUAUGAUACACCAUUUGAAGACAAUAAGAUGGUAGAAGAAUUCCCAGAGAGUUGUCAUCCAAACAUUUGGCCAGUUCAAGACUUUCCACAACUUCGUCCAGCAUUUAUGGAGUUGGGUCAAUUAAUGGUAAAUGUUGGAGAGUUGGUUGCCGAGCAAUGCGAUAUGUUUACAAGCACCAAGGUUCAGGGAUACGAAAAGGACACUCUCAAAAACAUUAUCAAUCAAUCAAAGACUUGCAAGGCUCGUCUUUUGUAUUAUUUCCCAAUCGAUCAUGACGAAACUGAACGUACUCGUGAUUCAUGGUGUGGAUGGCACAAUGACCAUUCCAGUCUUACUGGUUUGUGUCCAGCCAUGUACUUUAAUGUAACCAACGAGUCUGACGUUGUCAAAGAUUCCGAUAUUGCAUGUCCAGAUACUGCUGCCGGUCUCUAUGCCAAAUCACGUGAUGGUAAGGAGGUAAAGGUUAUCAUUCCACGUGAUUGCAUUGCCUAUCAAAUCGGUGAAUGUUCUCAAGUUCAAACUGGUGGUAUCCUCAGAGCCACCCCACAUGCCGUUCAAGCAAUCAAAUAUCCAGAGAGUAAAGGUGUUGGAAGAUCUACCUUUGCUGUCUUUAUGCAACCAAAUGUAGAUGUAGUAUUGAAUGCUCCACAAGUAAAGUAA